CCCCCAAAAAAAAAAAAAAAAAAAAAAAAGAAGAUAGACUUAGCGGCUAGGUAAGAUUAUUCUAGCGUUUAUCUAAACAAAAAAAAGGGAUUAUUCUACUGUUUAGUUGAAGACCCAAGGCUUUAGAAAAUUCAAGAAGAGGAUACCAAACAACUGCAAGGUUUUGGAAAUGGCGGCAACAAAGGGCACAUUGUGCGUCACAGGUGCCGGUGGAUACCUUGGUUCUUGGGUCGUCCAGCUUCUCCUCUCCAAGGGCUACCUCGUGCAUGGAACAGUUAGAGAACCCACGGAUCAGAAGUAUGCUCACUUGAGCAAACUCGAGAAGGCCUCUGAUAAUCUGAAACUUUUCAAGGCAGAUAUACUGGAUUACAACAACAUUUACUCCGCUAUUGAAGGAUGCAGUGGAGUCUUCCAUGUUGCUAGCCCUGUUCCAUCUGCUACUGUUCCAAAUCCAGAGGUAGAAUUAAUGGAGCCAGCCGUAAAGGGUACACUAAAUGUGCUUAAAGCAUGUGCGCAAGCAAAGGUUAAGCGAGUUGUUGUUGUGUCCUCUGGAGCUGCAGUGUCCAUGAACCCAAGCUGGCCCAAGGGUCAACUGAUGGAUGAAAGUUGUUGGUCCAAUAAGGAAUAUUGCAUAUCAACUAAGAACUGGUAUUGUCUUUCCAAGACGAAAGCAGAAAGUGAGGCUUUUGAGUAUGGAAAACAGAGUGGGCUUGAUGUUGUCACUGUUUGCCCCACCCUCAUUUUGGGGCCAAUUCUGCAGUCCACAGUAAAUGCAAGUAGCAAGGUUAUUAUUAAGUUUUUGAAAGAAGGAUAUGAAUCAGUGGAAAAUAAGUUUCGGUUGGUGGUAGAUGUACGUGAUGUAGCAGAAGCGUUGCUUUUGGCAUAUGAGAAGCCCGAGGCAGAAGGGAGAUACAUAUGCAAGGCACAUGCAGUCUGGACAAAAGAUCUGGUUGAGAAAUUGAGGAGUAUAUAUCCUAACUACAAUUAUCCUAAAAACUUCACUGAGGCAGGGGAAGAACAAGACCUGAGCUCAGAAAAGUUGCAGAGACUAGGUUGGAGAUAUCGCUCAUUGGAGGAAACUCUUAUUGACUCUGUGGAGAGCUAUCGAAAGGCUGGAAUCUUGGAUUAAACCAAAAUAAAACAUAGUUUCAUGUAUCUGUGUAGUUUGAUGUAUCUGUGUUCAUUAAUUUCAUCAAAAGGAUAUUUCGGAUUAAUCACAAAGAUCUGUGAGGACUAAUAAGUCUAUAAACUUGAAUGUUCAGACUAUGGUGCAGAAAUUGACAUUUUCUAUGGUUCAUUUGUGUUGUGUACCUGCAAAGCGCUAUCUUGUGUAAAAAGCACUGUAACGAUAAUAUGUUGUGUACUUUCCUCAUAUACUUUCUGGCCGGUAAAUUCAACUUGCUAUUUUAUUUUGA